AAAAAUGUUGUUUUGAAAUUAAGUAUAAAUUUAUAGUCUCCUUAAAAUGUAUGCGUUGCUCUUUAGGCCGAUAAAAUUUCUCAGUAGAAGUAAGAUUCCACAUGUUACCAGAACUUUAACCAGUUCAAGUGAAUUUGAACCUGGUUCAUUCUUAAAGGAUAAGCCACCGCUAAAGAAACUUAAACUAUUUCCGGAAUCUUUAUAUGGCGGUGAACAUUUUGUUACUUUACUAACUGGUACAAGUCCGAUUGGAAAACAGGGUGCUAAUUACAUUAAAACACUAUUUAAGGCAGCCAAAAUUCCAGUCGCUUUCGAACGUAUUGACGUUGGUAACACUAAUGAGUACAUAAGAUCGGUGUUGCGAAAUCGAGUAUGUCUGCAUGUUGAUUCGCAGCAUGAUCCACAAGAAAAGGCCAAGGCUUUAAAACUCAACAAUAACUUGGAUUUGUUUGCUUGCAUUAUUAAGUGUUUCGGUCAUGAAGGAUACAAUUGCAAGUUCCCAGAUGCUAAUUUAACUAUUGCAUCGCAAAAUAAUACUGGCGACUACGAUAAAUUGGAAUAUCAACCGGUACAAGGAGUGGUUGAAACACUAUGCAUACAUGAGGAUGACUAUACGCGGCGUUACCUAAAAUUUGUAUUGGAUUAUGCAAAAAAAAAUGGUCACAAACAUAUAACAAUUGGUGUAAAACGUUUGUAUUUACCGCGAAGUGAUGGUAGGUUUUUCGAUUUAGCAUGUGAAAUACAACAGGAAUCUUAUCCAGAUAUUGAACUUUUGGAAAUGGAUAUCGAAAAGUUGGUAUAUUAUAUAAUAAAAGACCCAUGUAAGUUCGAUAUGAUUUGCUGCAAUGAUCGCUAUGGUACGUUUGUAGCAUCUGCUGCCAGUGCAGUUUGCGGUGGUGCAAGCUUAUUUGGUGCGUGUGAACUCAAUAAUACUCACGCAAUAUUUAAACCUUUACAGACGAAACUAUCAAUUACGAGCUAUCGUGAGCUAAGUCCUUAUGGUGUUAUCCGAUCUUGUAUUGAUCUUCUCAGAUACUUGGGAAAAUGUGAAUGUGCCACUGCUAUGGAAGGAGAGUUGGCAAGUAUUUUAAGCGCUGGAAAACCAAGAACUGUUGAAUUUGGAGGAGAGGACUCUGGGGAAUUUAUUAUCUGUAAUAUCGUUAACAAAUUGAGAUGCAAGUUUAAAUAGCAUAUAUUUUAAAAAUUUUGUUAAAGAAUGUCAUUGUGCAAAUAAAAACUCAUUUUCGUAAUUAUAAA